AAUCCAAUUCCAAAUAACUAUCAAAUUUGUAGGUUAGUGAAUUGUUUACUACUUGUUGAAGAAUUUGAAUGGAUUUAACAUAAUUUAAAUAAAUAUAUUUCAAUUCUUCCUCAAAAAACAAUGACAGACAUAAACUUUGAAACCCUACGUACAGAGUACAAAGCAAUCCUCACUCAAGCUUUCAAGACUAAAAAUGUGGAAACAAUCAAAACCAAGAAUAAACAUUUCAAAAGAACAGAUAUAGACUUGAAGAUUCCCUUGGAACAGGCGUUCCGCGACAUUCUCAUUGAAUUAUUAGAAGCCGAAACAGAUGUUAAUACUUUAAAAGGAUAUGUGAAUUUCUGCAUCGAAACCUGCAGACAUGGCCUGAUUACUUCAACGUUACCAGUGCAAAUUCUUGGUGAUAUAUUAGAAGCUCUCACUCUUGAUGCAUGUCAGGAUAUGUUUUCAUUUGUGGAAGACAAUGUAUCUGUCUGGAAGGAAGAGUUAUUCUUCAGUGGCUGUAAAAAUCACUUGUUGAGAUUGUGUAACGAUUUGCUGAGAAGAUUAUCUAGAUCAACAGCAACAAUAUUUUGUGGAAGAAUUUUGCUGUUUUUGGCAAAGUUCUUUCCAUUUUCUGAAAGAUCAGGCUUGAAUAUAGUUAGUGAAUUCAACUUGGAAAACACCACCCAAUAUGGUGCUGAUUCUUCUCAAGAGAGUACUCUGGAGAUUGAAACAGGAGAUAAGAAAAAAAAUGUUGUUCUAGAUUUUACCUUUUACUGUAAAUUUUGGUCUUUACAAGAUUUCUUCAGAUAUCCGGCCCAGUGUUAUGAUAAAGUUCAGUGGAAAACAUUUUGUUCACAUUCCCAAAGUAUCCUCAGUAUUUUUCAAGGGCUCAAACUAGAGUAUGCGGGAAAAGGUAAUAGCUCAUCAGAUCGUAAAGACAUAAUGUACUUCUCUAAAUAUUUAACAAGUCAAAAGUUACUUGAUUUACAGUUGUAUGAUAACAACUUCCGAAGAUUUGUCUUGGUGCAGUUUUUAAUAUUAUUCCAGUAUUUGACAUGUUCAGUAAAAUUCAAAUCAGAGUCUUUUGAACUAAAGACUGAUCAGAAAGAGUGGAUACAAGGUACAACUGAAAAAAUUUAUAAACUACUCAAGGAAACUCCACCAGAUGGAGAAAAAUUCGCAGAAAUUGUUGCUAACAUUCUAUCAAGAGAAGAACAUUGGAACGCUUGGAAGAAUGACGGAUGUCCAGAAUUCAAAAAGCAAAGUGUAUUAACGGGACCAUUAGGAAAGGCACAGAACAGGAGCAACAGACCUUUACUAGGAGAUUUGUUGAAACAAGCAAAUAAAGAGAAGAAGUACUAUAUGGGAAGUAAUGAGCUCACCAAGUUAUGGAAUUUAUGUCCUGACAAUCUUGAAGCUUGCAAAGGAAAAGAAAGAGAUUUCCUACCUACUCUAGAGAAUUAUUUCAAAGAAGCCAUUGAACAAAUAGAUUCUGGAGAAACAAUCAAAGAUGAGAAUAACUUAUUGAAAGAUGGCAACUUUGGCUGGAGGGCUUUAAGAUUAUUAGCUAGAAGAAGUCCCCAUUUCUUUACUUUCAGCACAGUUAUUAUGAAUCAACAAUCAUCCUACUUGGAGAUGAUGGUGAAGAAAAUUGCACAAGAGCAGAAGUCGAAAAAAGAUGGUGUAAACAACAAAGAAGAAACUCAACAGGACAGUGAAGAAAUGGAAACAGAAAAUCUCUUCAAGGAAGAAUCGGAAAAUACAGAGGAUAUGAAAGAAGAUGUGAACACAGAAGAAUUUGUAGAUGAUAAGAAUCCCAGACAAGAAAAUAAAAGCUUGAGUGAAACACAGAUACAAUUCAUAAGUGAGAAGAUCAAGGCUGACUGGAAAAAACUUGCAGUUAAGAUUGGUUACAAACCAGACGAAAUUGAAUAUAUUGUACAAAAUCACCCUACGGAAUUAGAGCAGGCAGAGAAUCUACUAUUAUUAUGGUUUGGUGAUGAUGAAGAUGCCACUAUAGAAAAUCUUUUAUAUAUAUUAGAAGGACUUGAAUUGAACGAAGCUUGUGAGAAAAUCAAAAAUGAAUUUAAUGUUUCUUAAUUUGAAUAAUAAAAUCCAAAUACAUA